AGCUACUCACAAAGCUCACGACGACCCUCAAAUAAUGGUCUCUGUUUCUCUGCUGCUGCUAGACCCAGCAACGAUGCACACGUGAAACAGACAACCACUUUACUAGAGUGCGCUAUUUCUUCUUGCUCAGCAGUUGGAGGUGGAGGAGUGUCACUGUCUAUCGCCGAAUGUUGUGUGUGUACGCUUUGUCGUGCCGACCAGCCGUCAAGCCCGCCUUAUCGUCCCGGCUGUGCCAAAAAGAUUCCUGCAUUUGUUAAGUAGCUCAUUGCCCCUUCGAGAGCGUUGGAAACAUUAGGUCAAGCGCGUGAACUGGUGGAGAGGCCAGCGCCUUGGAGGCACGCACAGAGGAUGGAACGCGACUGGGCGUGGCUGCAGCCGUCGUGGGCGCAGCUGGAGUCGUGGCAGCAGCGGCAGCAGCAGGCGGAAGCGGACUGCGGCAGUUGGAACAGCAGCGCCGCGUGCAGCUGCUGCGGCCACAGCAGCAGCUCUACUCGCAGCGACGGCGAGUGGUUGUCGGGCGCGCCGUCGUUCGACGACACGUGGCCGGAGCAGGUCGUGCUCGUGCCCACUCGUUUCGGCCCCCUGCGCGUGACUAUAUCGGGCGACCGCCGCAAUCACCCGCUCCUCACGUAUCACGACAUCGCCCUCGAUCACGCGUCGUGCUUCGGGGCGCUUUUCCGGUGUCCCGACACCGCGCCGCUGCUACGGCAGCACUUCUGCGUCUUCCACGUGGACGCGCCGGGCCACGAGGUGGGAGCGACCUCAGGGCGGCAGCAGCGAAGAAAGCUGACGGCUGAUGACCUGGCAGAACAAGUCGCUGACGUCAUCUCACAUUUCAGUCUGCCCGCAGUGACGUGCCUUGGCGUGACAGCAGGCGCGUACAUACUCACACUGCUCGCGAUCAAGCGGCCAGCGCUGGUGCGGUCGCUCAUCCUCGUGUCGCCAGUGUGCCGCACGCCCACGUGGAGCGAGUGGGCCUUCAACAAGUUCCUACUGUCGGUGCUGUCGCUGUAUGGGCUGUCCGCCGUCGUCGCCGGUGCCUUCUCCGGCAGAUACCUCUCACCACGCCCCCAUGGCCAGGGUUUGGCCGACGUCACACACGUGCCGGACCUCUCGCCUCAAUCGCCACCGUCACAGCCCCCCCACCAGGGCGCAGAGGAGGCGGAGGAGAGGGACCCCCACGCCGUGGCGCAGUACGCCGACGCCUUCAACAACCGGCGGGACAUCACAGAGGCGGUGCAGUGCAUCGCGUGCCCUGUGCUCGUGCUGGUGGGCGAGCACUCGGCGUUCCGCGACGACGCCAUGCACCUGCACGCACACCUGCCGCCGCACCUCGCCGCCUGGUUCCAGGUGCCCUCAAGCGGGUCGCUCAUCACGGUGGAGUGCCCCCACCGCCUGUGCACCCCCCUCGACAAGUUCCUACGCACCGCAGGCUACUCCUGCCCGCCCUGCUCGCCCCCACUCCCCUCCGCCCUGCCCUCCUCCUCCUGCCCACCCCCCUUCGUGCAUGCCUCCCCCCUCCCCCUCCCCUGGGCGUCCUCCCUGCCCCCUCGCUCCGCCAUACAGUACCGGCCGCACUCGUGCAUGCCGCUCUCCCUGCAACACUACGACCCCUUACAACCCUACUCCCUCUCCUCCUCCUCCUCCCCCUCCUCCAGCGACUCUCCUCAUGCCUCCUCCACCACCUCUUCCUCCUACUCCUCCCUCUCCCACUCCUCCUGUGUCUGCCUGUCCCCCCCAUCCCCCUCGUCGUCCACGUGCCACUCCCCCCAGCCGUCCUUCCGCCCCGAGGACCUGUCCCUGGACGCCAUAGGCCGCACGCUCAAGCCCAUUCGCACGCGCAUACACCCCGAGGUGGCAGGCGUGAGCAAGGGGCUGCCUCAAGGGAAGCCGGUGUGGUGCUGAUGCUAAUGUGCCUUGCGAGUGGCAGUUCCAAGCGUGGGUGCUGGUAAUGUGGCAGCGAGCAGUUACAGUUGAGGGGUAAGGGCAGAAAGGUAGGAUUUACUAAGGUGCACGGGCUUCCUGCUGUUCAGAGUGUGAAGCUCAAGGGGCUAGGUGCAUGAGCACGGCAACAGCAGUUACCGAGAGUAGGAGCUUGCGCACAGUCGUGUGAGUAGGAUGUGAGCACAUGCUGUGUGAACUGCAGCCACUAGCAGCGGCAUAAAGCCUCUUGCUGCUGCUGCCUCGCAUGACUAGAUGCCAGUAGGUGCUUUGUGAGCGGGCUAGCUCGAGCAGCUCAUUCAUUUGAAU